AUGUGUGAGGAUAACCAGACUGAAGUAAGAGAGUUUGUUUUAUUGGGGUUUGGACAUCUACACAAGCUCAAAAUUCUGCUCUUUACUCUGUUUCUAGUAAUCUACUCUGUGAUACUAGGUGGGAAUCUGCUCAUCGUACUAUUGGUGACCACCACUGACCAACUCAAUGUUCCAAUGUUUUACUUCCUGAAGCACUUGGCUCUAUCUGAUAUUGUACUCACUACAGAUAUUAUACCUUUAAUGCUUGAUGUCACAAUAAAGGAGCAGAGGGCAAUAUCGCGUGUUGGCUGUAUAACUCAACUCUACAUUGGUGCAGUUUCUAGUUAUGUACAAUGUUUUCUUCUUGCAGUGAUGUCCUAUGACCGGUUACUGGCCAUAUGUAACCCACUUAAAUAUACAUUAAUAAUGAGUCCAAAUGUUUGCCUGCAAUUAGUAGCUGGUCUCUGGUUGUCGUUUCUAACACUGAUUUCAAGUGAAAUGAUUUUGUGUUACCAGUUACAAUUUUGUGGGCAAAGUUACAUCGAUCAUUUCUUCUGUGAGUUUGUUCCUCUGUUAAAUCUGACUGUAUCUGACGCAUCAGUUUUGAGGAUGUUAGAUGCAUUUUUCUCCAUCCCAUUAAUAUUUUUCCCAUUUGUUUUUAUUGUAAUUACCUAUGUUUUAAUUUUCUUCUCCAUCAUGAAAAUUACAUCUUUAACAGGAAGGAGCAAGUUCUUCUCCACUUGUUUUUCCCAUCUGAUCUCUGUGUGCACCUAUUAUGUGACUCUUGUCGUAGUUUAUAUAAUUCCAUAUGGGGAAGAUGCUUUCGAUUUAAAUAAGUUCAGAUCCUUGUUGUACAUGGCAGUGACUCCACUAAUGAAUCCCAUCAUAUACAGCUUGAGGAACACUGAAAUUAGGAGAGCAAUCCAGAAAUUAUUCAUGUUUAAUAGUGUAACCUAUUGA